AUGGAAAUUCGGCAGAAUAAGAAAAAAAAACACUCAGACGAAAAUUACAGGAAGAAAUUUUUCAAUUACGACAAUGAUGAAUUUUCCGAACUAUCAUAUCAGCAAUUUUUGAAGAGACGAGACUACUUUUACAUCACCAGGCUCACCCUCUACGUGAAGGAAAAAAUGCGUGCACUUACUCACAUGACUCUUUCUUACAAGUUGAAGUGCCUCCUUUCGAUUUGCAUGUUCAGAUUUACGUCAGCUUUUUCCUCCAACCUGAUGAGUAACAUUUUUUUUGUAUUCUACAACGACAACGUUUCGUCCGACAACAAGCAGAUACAAAUCAGCGUCUUUGUCUCCCUGAGCGGAAUUAUCAUGAUCUUCUAUCAGUACUUUUCCUUCUCAUAUAUUUUGAAAACGUUUGGAUACAAUGGCACCGCAAUUAUAGGAUUGCUGAUACAGAGCACAGGAAUCCUGCUGACCUACCACAGCAUAAAAUAUUAUAAUAUCAUUUUUCAAUACAUCAGUAUUUGCUUUAUCCAUUCGUGCUCCUAUGCCUACAUAGAGCCGAUCAUACCAACUAUCAUAUCGUUAUUUUUUGACAAAAAGGAUCAAUUGUUUUCCCAAAGCAUUGUUUCCUUCUUCAGAUAUUUAUCCCUCACCAUUUCGCCGAUCAUUUAUAGCUACUACUACAUCGAAAGUCAGCUCUCCCCUUUUUUCAUUUCUUCCUGCGUUUCCAUCAUAUCCAUUUUUUUUGUGCAUCUCUCCUUUAAGUAUUAUAAGAGGAUGAAUAAUGCUUCCCUUUUGUCUAAUUAG